UGUGUUCCAGCGAUGGCGGCGGCCCAGGCAGAGGCGGGCGGUGCGCGUUCGGUCACGGCCGGGGCCGCGGAUGCGAUGAGCGACGUGGGGCCCGUGGGCCCCGCCACGGCCGAGCUGGGGGCCGCGGGCCCCGCCGUGGACGGUGCCGAGGGCGCGGCGGGCGACGCCACGGUGGCGGAGGAGGCGCCGGCGCCGCCGGCGCUGCCGGGGCUGCGGCUGGUGCAGCAGGGCGCCGAGGCGCACGUGUACCGCGGGCUCUUCCUCGGCCGGGCGGCCGUGGCCAAGCUCCGCGUCCCGAAGCGCUACCGGCACCCGGCGCUGGAGGAGCGGCUGAGCCGGCGGCGCAUGGCCCAGGAGGCGCGGUCGCUGCUGCGGUGCCGGCGGGCAGGGAUUCCAGCUCCAGCGGUCUACUUUGUGGAUUAUGUCACCAACUCCAUCUAUCUUGAAGAUAUUGUAGACUCAAUUACUGUUCAGGAUCAUAUUUAUUCUGUACAAAAGAGUGGAAAUGAUACCAGCGGCCUCCAUAAGUUAGCAGAGAAGAUGGGUGAGCUGUUGGCGAGGAUGCACGAUGAGGAUAUUAUCCAUGGGGAUCUCACCACUGCCAAUCUCCUCCUGCGGCCGCCCACGGAGAAACUGGACUUGGUGUUGAUAGACUUUGGACUCAGUUUUAUUUCAGGUCUUCCAGAGGAUAAAGGAGUUGAUCUGUAUGUUCUGGAGAAAGCCUUCAUUAGCACUCAUCCAGAUGUUGAAACGAUGUUCCAAGCUCUGCUAAAGACCUAUGCAGCCACGUCUAAAAAAUCUGCUCCUGUGAUCAAAAAACUGGAUGAGGUUCGGCUAAGGGGAAGGAAGAGAUCCAUGAUUGGGUAGAAGGGAGUGGGGUUAGGGAUGGAGAAAGAGUAGGUUUUGCAAAGAGGGUUAUUUAUAUUUCUAGUUGGUUUUAUUUCACAGAUCACUAUUUUGAUAACUGUGUAUUCAAAUAAAUAAAAUUGAAUGAGUUCUAAAUG